CUACUCCUCUCUCUCCACAUAUCCUCUACCUUCCCUCUUUGUCCUUUUAUAACAAUCACAACAAUUCUAUACCUAGCUUGAACCCUUGUCAUUUCUUUUUGAAUCUUGACAAUCCUAUAUCUUCUUUGUUUUUGAGUCAUCCCUCGAUCAUCCUUCUUUACCUCCAAGGUCACCUAUUACUCAACAUCCUCCCGUCGAUUCAUCCUCGUCUUUCAAACCUCCGAUCAUCACACAUAUCGACCCUUCACGCGACUAUCGACUUUUGUAAAGGAUAAACGCGAAUCAUCUGACAAAGACGUGAAAGGAAAACAUAGACAAAGAUAGUCAAGAACCUAUUGACUUCUCUGUCAUUCACGUCUUUAAGGACUUAUUUCGUAACGCAGAUGUCGGAGUUGGACCGGAUACUUCGACGUCGUCCACCUUAUUUGUUAAACUCUUCUGGUAAGAAGGUUAUCAAGUCACUACAAACAUCUUUUAAUAUAGAUACGAUACCCACACCGCAUGUAUUAUCACCAUCAGGCAGGCGCCAGCUCGUCAGCCGUAGGUCCGACCAAACACGAUGGUGGGCCUAAUGGUGCUGGACCAGGAUGGGGUCGUCAUCCUACCGUUUUUACCCCAUCCAUGCCUCUUCCUUCCCAAAAUGGUUUCCCAAACGGUCUUGGUGUUUUCGGUCCACCUCCUAACCCACCUCAUCAUCAAGUUCAUACUUCCCAUACUCACGCUCAUCCCUUACACCAACAUCACACCGGUCAAACAUCCCAUCAUCCUUCGUUCGGCGCUGGAGGUAUGCAUCUCGCUCAACAGACAACGGGAGGAAUGGGGAUGCAUCCGGGGAAUGGAUAUGGGAUGGGGAUGUAUGGAAAUGGAGUUCAGAAUGGUCAAGGAAGUCCACCGAGACAACCUGGAGAACAACAAAUGCCAAUGACUCAUUAUUGGCAACAUCAAUUGAUGAGAGCGGAU